CCAGUCAGGGAGGUGGCGGGGUUGCAACAUUUAUUGGUUGCCAACCGCUGUUAAACCUCAUCGAAUAAGAGGAAGUGCUGAUGACGGAAGACUAGUACAUAUGUUAAUAACAGCGCUGGUGUCGAGAACUGAACGUCGACCGAUUAUCUGACAUGUUGCCUGUGUUGGUGGUCCAUGGGGGAGCGGGGUUCAUCCCUAAAGAGCGUGUGCAGAUGUCUUGUGCUGGGGUCCAGGCUGCAGUCAGGGGGGGAUACUCCAAACUCCAGGGGCAGGGCAGUGCCAUGGAUGCUGUGGUGGAGGCCGUCACUCUGCUGGAGAAUGACCACCACUACAAUGCAGGGCUAGGCUCGGUGUUGAACGCUAAGGGUGAGGUGGAGAUGGACGCCAUCGUGAUGGACGGGAGAUAUCUGGCCAGCGGAGCCGUUUCUGCAGUCAGAAAAGUGGCCAAUCCUGUCCAACUGGCCAGACUGGUCAUGGACAAGACGAGCCAUCUGUGUCUGACUGGAGAGGGGGCCAGUCAGUUUGCCCGGUCGAUGGGUGUACCCGAGGUGCCAGAGGAAUCACUGAUCACCGAGUAUGCCCGUAUGCGCUGGAAGAAGAACCUGGCAGCUGAUGCCAACCCGGUGGAGUGCCAGAUGGGGAAGAUGGGUACGGUAGGGGCGGUGGCGGUGGAUGCAGAGGGGAACAUAGCCUGUGCCACCUCCACCGGUGGCAUGCUGAACAAGAUGGAGGGCAGGGUGGGGGACACAGCAUGUAUCGGGUGUGGGGGUUAUGCUGAUAACAGGGUUGGAGCAGUGUCCCCGACGGGCGAGGGUGAAGCCAUCAUGAAGGUCACUCUGGCUAGACUCAUCCUGUUCCACAUGGAGCAAGGGCGCAGCGUGGAGGCAGCAGCAGACGAGGCCCUGGCCUAUAUGAAGGACAGGGUGGGAGGUCUGGGGGGAGUGGUGGUGGUAGACCCCCAGGGUGAAUGGUCUGUUCGCUUCAGCAGCUUGCAGAUGGCCUGGGCUGCAGCCCAGCAACAAACACUCCACUAUGGCCUGUACACUGGAGAACACUUCACACAGAACAUAGACGACCCCUACUAACACACACUUCAGGUCCACGUAUGUUGAGAGAGAGUCUAAAAGAAACCCUACUAACAAGCAUAGGUAAACAAUCCAUAGAACGCACUGAAUUGAACAUUUUCCAUCCACUAGACUCUUACCAUAACUGUUUUUAGCAAUCAGUAUUAUUUCCAUUUAGUCUAAUCCUCAGAUCAAUGCUCAUAUCUAGAGCCAGUAUUUGGAAAGUGUUGAUCAACUGCCAAAUGUAACUGAAGGAAUAAAGUGUGUUUUAAAAACAAA